AACACGCACCUAGCGAGUCUCGUUCACGAUCGAUUUUCUGUUUGGUACACGUACUCGGAUCAAUUUGACGCGUAGUUUCGUGUUGUUCCGGGAUCUCCGAACUUGAAGCCAUGAGGUCCGCGAUCAGCGGCUCGUUCGCCGCUCUGUUGGCCAUAUUCCUCUUGGUUGAGUCCGUCGUCGCCGGGGUGGAGGUCCACGAUCCUCCAUCCAACAAAGUUUUCACGAUUUGCGUUCCGGACGUUUAUUGGCAAGAAUGCGCGGAUAUGAUAAAGGAUUCGGCUCUCAAGGGUAUACCGGUGACGUGCGUUUCCGGUCGCGAUCGUUUCGAGUGUAUCGAAAAGGUCGGAAAGAAGGAAGCUGAUGUGGUAGCCGUCGAUCCAGAGGAUAUGUAUCUGGCGACGAAGAACAAAGAGCUGGCCGCGAAGGCCGGUUACAGCAUCGUCGAACAGGUGAGGACGAAGGAGGAACCGGAUGCCACCUAUCGAUACGAAGCUGUGGCAGUGAUCCACAAGGACCUGGACAUAAACAACGUGCAGGGAUUGCGUGGUCUCAAGUCCUGCCACACUGGUGUCGGUCGGAAUGUCGGCUACAAAAUACCGAUCACCAAGCUCACAGCAAUGGGAAUACUGAGCAAUCUUCACGAUCCCCAAUACUCGGCGCGCGAGAACGAGCUGCGCGCGUUGAGCUCCCUAUUCUCGAAAGGCUGCCUGGUCGGCACCUGGUCACCGGAUCCGGCGAUCAACCGACGUCUUAAGGAAACGUACUCGAACAUGUGCGCCCUUUGCGAGAAACCGGAUGUCUGCGACUAUCCGGAUAUAUACUCGGGCUACGAGGGCGCGCUGAGGUGUCUCGCCCAUAAUGGCGGCCAGGUCGCCUGGACCAAGGUGAUUUACGUGAAACGAUUCUUCGGGCUGCCGGUCGGCGUGACACCUGCUGUUCCCACCGCGGAGAAUCCCGCCGAUUUCCGAUACUUCUGCCCGGACGGCAGCAAAGUGCCGAUCGACGCUACCACGAAACCGUGCACCUGGGCGGCUAGACCUUGGCAAGGUUACAUGACCAACAACAUCGCGACCAACACCGGCGACGUUCAAGCGUUACAAAAGGAAUUGACCGAUCUUGGUAAACUCGGGGAAGAGGAGAUGGCGGAUUGGUGGAAAGACAUCAUGUUGUUGGACAAGAAAACAUUGGCCGUUCCGGCACCGGUCGUAUCACCGAAGGACCAUCUGAAGAACGCAAAGUACUUGGACGUGAUCGAGAGAAAUUCCGGAGCGGUUGGCAAGCUGGCACGAUGGUGCGUCUGGAGCGAACCCGCGCUCGACAAGUGCCGUGCUCUCUGUCGUGCCGCGUUCUCGAGGGACGUUCGGCCAAAGUUGGAGUGCGGGCUCGAAAAGACACAGGACGCGUGCUUGAAUGCUCUCAAAGAGGAUAGGACCGAUCUGGUUGUGCUCGAAGGUGGCUCGGUGCUGCGAGCGAUCAGAGAAUUCAACGCGUCGCCGAUUAUCGCAGAAACAUACGGGCCUGGUGCGACGAAGCUCGGCGAGAGACCAGCGGUCGCAGUGAUCAAGAAAUCCUCUUCGAUCAAUGGACUUGCCGGUUUGCGGGGCAAACGGUCCUGUCACAGCGGAUACAAGGGGGACUUCGCCGGCUGGACGGCACCAGUGCACGUGUUGAAGGAGAAGGGCUUGAUAAGCUCCGAGGACGAGAUGGCCGAGUUCUUCGGAGGAUCUUGCGCACCAGGCGCGCCAGUUGACUCCAAACUAUGCCAGCAAUGCGUCGGUAGCGCCGCGGCGAACGACGAUCGUAUUCGGGAGGCUACCAAGUGUAAACCUACCGAGGCGGAAGCUUUCCGAGGCGGAGCAGGAGCUCUUGCAUGCUUGACGGCUGACAAAGGAGACGUGGCAUUCUUGCCAUUGACCGCGCUGUCGAGCCUCGACGAAAAAGAGAAAGAAUCUUCGACGAACGUCCGUCGAGCCGGGGAAGCCAAGAGCACGGACUAUGUGCUUCUCUGCCCGGACGGCGGUCAGGCGCCCGUCGAGGAAUGGCAACGAUGCAAUUUGGGAGUGGAACCACCCCGCGUGGUCGUCAGUUCCGCUAGUAAAAGUGUUAACGCUCUGGAAGAACUGACCCACGGCACGCUCGCAGCCAGCUCGUUGUACUCGAAACGACCGGAUCUGCUGCAUCUGUUCGGCACUUGGGGCGGCCUGUCGAACUCUCUCUUCAGGGACGACGCGAAGGGACUGACGUCGGUGGACAAGUCCUGGGAUAAGUGGAACGAAUGGCAGGAAACGCAGCGAAACUACGCGGCGGUUUAAAGUUAAAUGACGGACACAGCGAUGCGCGAAACGUCGAAAGAGCGCAACCUCGAGCUUUGUUUGUGCAUAGGUAAAAUAAAACUGCACCGCAAACGUAA